GACACAAAGCGGCUACCGUAGCAAGAGUCCCACGCAUGCGCACAUCCUCUGUUCCGCCAGCGACCAUGGCGUCCUCCGCGGCCGUGCACAGGUUACAUACCCGGGGAAGGAGAAACUUCUUCAAAUGUCUCCAGAGUGUGGACGCCUUUCUCCGCAGGACUGUUGGAACUGCCACCGCCGUUACAGCCCGGAACGAAGAGCCCGAGGGUGGACGUCCGUCCUUUUAUGCGGUCCAGGCGCAGAGACAAGAACAGGCGGAAAGAUCGGUCCUCAUCGGCUGCGCCCCCACAAUCGACGAGAAACAGAUCGUCAAGUUCCUAUCGUCACACGGCAAUAUCAAAAAGUACUUUACGUACGAAAACUGCGGCACGUAUGCAGUGGUGGAGUUCGAGUCCCGAGAAAGCGUCGCCUCGUUACUGGAAGUCGCUGGCAUCCCGAAUAACGGCCACGAGUCCAUGGUGCCUUAUAAAUCCAGACUAAUGUCGCUUAAAAGAGUCGGUUCGGCAGUAGCGAGCAGUCAGCCGUCGAAACAACAUAACGCCCUGCAAGCCGCCAUUCCCAACAACGAGCUCAUGCAAAGGCUUUGUUUGGAGGAGAGCAUGGACCAACAGAUCAUCCGCUUGACGGAAGCCUACCAGCUCACCGAGGAGAACAGCCACCUGCGUUUCCUCGUCUGCUCCCUGCUGAAAGACAUCGCCGCUGCCUAUUUCCCGGAAUGCUCCAUCCAGCCGUUUGGAUCGUCGGUAAAUGGCUUCGGGAAGCUGGGCUGUGAUUUGGAUAUGUUUCUGGACCUGGACAACAUCAGCGGGAGGAAUUUAAAGACGCCGCAGUCCGCCUUGAGCCUGGAGUACCAGAUGAAGCGGGCCAACUCGGAACGCACGGUGACGCAGAACAUCCUGUCCGUCAUCGGCGAAUGCGUGAACCAGUUCGGACCCGGCUGCGUGGGCGUGCACAAGAUCCUGAACGCCCGAUGUCCACUGGUCCGUUUCUCGCACCAGCCGUCGGGUUUCCAGUGCGACCUCACCGCCAACAACAGGGUUGCGAUGAAGAGCUCGGAGCUGCUCUACCUCUACGGCCAGCUGGACCCUCGGGUGCGUCAUCUGGUGUUCAGCAUACGCUUCUGGGCCCGGGCUCACUGCGUGACCAGCAACACCCCCGGGUCCUGGAUCACCAACUUCUCCCUCACCGUCAUGGUGCUGUUCUUCCUGCAGCGGAGAAGCCCCUCCAUCAUCCCCACUCUGAACCACCUGCGGGAACUUGCAGGUCCCGCGGAUAGGAGCGUGAUCGAGGGCAACGACUGCACAUUUGUCAGCGACUUGGAGAAGAUACAGCUGCAGAAUAACACCGAGACACUUCAGCAACUGCUGUGUGAAUUCUUCGACUUCUACGCCACCUUUGCAUUCAGUAAGAAGUCUAUAAAUAUCCGAAAGGGCAAGGAGCAGAACAAGCCGGAGGCGGCCGCACUCCACAUCCAGAACCCCUUUGAAAGUGCACUGAACAUCAGCAAGAACGUCAACGACUCCCAAGUGGAACGAUUUGUGGCUCUGUGUCAGGAGAGCUCCUGGCUGCUCCAGCAGAGGGACAUCCUUUCGCCCAAAAGGGCCCGCGACCCCGCACUUUGGGGACUGGCAACCCUCUUCCAGCCCUCCAGGAUUGCCACUGUCAACACUCGACAGAAGAGGAAAAAGGAGCCUGCCAGUGAAAGGAUUAAGAGUUUGCUAGAAUCCCUCAAGGUUAAAACGCAGUCCAAGAACUGAAUCGUUUUGUUGUCAUUUUUAAACGCCUUACGUCUAUACAUUUUCUGUCCCUUUUUGGGGGGUGGCUGAAGCUUAUCCCAGCUGCACUUGGGCGGAAGGCGGGAUACACCUUGGACAAGUCGCAAACACGGGCGGACAAUAUUCACCCUCAGCAAGCACCUUCCAUGUAGUUUGUCACAUGGCCACUGGAGGGCACUACAGAGACAUGUAUAAACCUGGAGCAGGGCAGUACCAGACUAAGUGUACUGUACGUGUAUACUACUGUACAAUGUUGUAAAAAUAUAUGACAUUUUGCAAUGUAUAUGUUUUAAAGUCAGGGUUCAUCCAACAAUAUCACCUUAGAAAUAAACAUUUUAAUCGUU